AUGUUUAUAACUAUUCAAUCUGUUCAUAUCUAUCUAUCUAUCUAUCUAUCUAUCUAUCUAUCUAUCUAUCUAUCUAUCACUGUUAUCUGCAAGCUAAGGAUCCGUCGAGACAGUCAGGGUUCUUUUCAUAUUUGUCAGUCGACCGUCCUUUUUAUGACUUUCUCUAAAUCUUUAUAUUCAGGUAGUUCUUUUCUGUCUUCAAUAAUUAUUUCUUCUUUUCUUUCCUUUUUCUAUCGUUCUCUUUUUCCUUAUACGUCCUUUUUUUAUUUUCUUUUUGUUUGUUUCUUUCUUUCUCUUGCUCCUACUACGUCCUUUUUUUCGACUUUCUUUCUUUCUUUCUUGCCAUCUUUCUUUCUUUCUUUCUUUCUUUCUUUCUUUCUUUCUUUCUUUCUUACUACGUUCCUUUUCUCCUUUCCCUUUCGCUUUCAUUCUUUCUUUAUUUCUCUUUUUCCUACGACUUCCUUUUUUCACUCUUCCUUUUUCUUUUACUCUUUUAUUCUUUCUUUCUAUUCUACUACGUCCUUUUUCGCUAUUCCUUUUCUUUCUUUUUUUCUUUCUUUCUUUCUUUCUUUCUUUCUUUCUUUCUUUCUUUCUUUCUUUCUUACCCACUAUUUUUCUUUCUUUUUUCUUUCUCUCUUUUCUUCUUUCUACUUCCUUUCUACGCUUUUCCUUUUUUCUAUCUUCUUUCUUUUUAUUUUUCUUAUUACAUCCUUUUUAACUUUUCUUUCUUUCUUUCUUUCUUUCUUUCUUUCUUUCUUUCUUUCUUUCUUUCUUUCUUUCUUUGCUGUUUCGCACCCUUUAACCUCUUUCUUUCUCUGCUAUAUUUCCCCACCUCUCUCGUUUUCUUGCUUUUUCACCUUCUUCAUCCUCAUUAUUUAUAUCUGUUACCCCCCUCCCCUGCCUCAUAAAAUGCCGGAGAGUAUAAAAUAA